GUUUAAUGUGUGUCUGAAAAGGAUGUCGUGAAUAACCUUUAGCCAAACGUCUCCAUGGGAACCUGAGGGGUGGUUAUUUCAUUCGUUGCAUCUCCAGGCAAAUGUUUUCAAGACGUAUCGAGUUCUCUUUAAAUGUAACAAGCAGUAAGUUACCUCCAAUAGAAGCUAACGGUACGACGAACUACACGCAGCAGACGACGUCCCGGUGUAUUAACGUCGAGGCCAGUAAGCUGAAUUGUUUAUUGACAGGCGUUUUGAAGGAUGACAUCAACAACAUGCUGUCCAGCUCCAUGUCAUAACAGAAAUGCGUUGACCUGGCUUCUAUGCCCAAACAUUGAUCAUGUGUCCUCUGCAUUGCAAAUUCUUGUUCACCUUGCUCAGGAGGACAAAGGUGAACUUGUCGAAAAGGUUCUUCAGCACUGCAACCCAGAAUUAUGCAUAGAUGCUCUUCGAAAACUGCUGAAGUCACCUGCCUCAUGGCUGAGUAGUACUGGAGCUUGUAUCUUUGGGGUCCUGCUGGAAAAUGAGUCCAUGGUGCUGAAACUUCAGAAGGGGACCAAAGGGGAAAGCAAUCUCAUAUGUGACCUUGUUCAGAUGUUUACUGAAGAUGAUCCUGAUGUUGUGAUGAAUGCUGCUGGAGCCAUAGCCUCAUUGGUUGAAACUACAUCAGGACGGACAUGGUUCCUUCAGAUCCAAAGUGUGUUCAGUGGGGUCCUUGAGAGCCUAUCAGUUCUUCUAGAGAAUGAGAGAGAGAAUACGGUUAACUCUGCAGCACUUAUUCUUGCACGACUGUCCCAGUGUGAAGAAACCUGUGAAAAGGUUUUAUCCCAUUCAUCUGCCUGCAAGAUCUUCAGAUGUUUAACACAAUGCUUGUCGUGUAGUCACAAAGACACAGCCAUGAAUGCGGCAUUUGCUGUUGGCCGUCUGUGUGGUAGCAAACAAGCCAAGAUCCUCAUUCUGAGAGUGGCCAAAGAGCAUCAGCUGGUUAGUCGCCUGCAGACUCUGCUGUUGAGUGGGUCAGGAGUGGAGAUGGGGCAAACAGUGUGCUUUGCUCUGAGCUGCUUAGCAAAUGAGGAAGAUGGCCAUGCUCUGCUGAUGGAAAGCACCUGUGUCCCUACAUUGCUGAAUGGUCUUUUACAGCUGUUGCAGAGCCCAGACCCAGACAGUAUCUGGUUUGCUGCUAUGACAGUACGAAUACUGGUUUCCCGGCCGAGUGGAGUGGUCCCUGUCAGGAUCCAUUGCUCUCUGCAUGAGCAGUUGAAGAUUCUCUCUAUGUCACCAUCCACUGGGCUAGAGCUGCAGGAGGAGGUCAACAUGUGUCUCAGGAAACUGGAGCGUUUAUCCAAACCACAUCCAGUGAUGGUUACAAACCUCUCAUCAACGAGCUGCACUGUAUCAUGGGAAAAGUGUAGACCUGAAAGUGGCCUGGAGGUCAUAUACAGUCUCUUUCACAAGGAUGUCAUGCUGUACCAUGGCCUGUUGUGUCAGGUGACCAUACCUAUUUCUCCCAAGCAAUCUAAGGAGCCCCUUUCCCUACAGCUCAACCUGUCUACACCUGAUGGUGACAUUAGUCCUUUCAGUGAACCUGUGGUUAUUACUCCAGAGCAGCUGGACACGAGACUUAAGCCUCCACGAGAGCUCUGUGUGAUUGGCUCUACAGCUACACAGGUACGCCUGUGCUGGAUAGAACCAGAGGGAGGAGCCAAACCCAAAUCAUACCAGAUCUACUGUAAUGACACACUGGUGAAGACCACUGCUCUGCUGGGGGCUACAGUUGGCUGUUUAUCUCCUGGCACCUCCUAUCAGCUGAGUGUGAGUUCACUUGGUCCAGGGGACACAGAGAGUCCUAGAGCAGUAACUGAGGUGAGGACAGCGGAAGAUCAAGAUCAUGCUCCUUCUGCGGUCACUGUAGUUGUCCUGGGACGACAUGAACUGCAGAUAAACUGGGGAGCUCCAGUCGCUCCUUUGGGGAGACUCUUCAAAUAUGAGCUAAGUCUAAAUGGGUGUGUGGUGUACCUGGGCACAGAAAGGUCAUACACUGCUUGUCGCCUGUCUGCUAACACAGCAUACACCUGUGUUGUGACAGCUAUCACCUCCAGGGGGCGCUGCCAGAGCAGUCCGGUCACAAAGAAGACAGCACGGGAUGAAUUCCUGCACUCACAUAGGUAUCUGCACUCUCAUAGCCACCAGUCAGCCUCAAAACACUCCACUCCUUCUUCAAGCAUCCAAGUGAUAAGUGAAGUCAAAAAGAAUGACACAGUUUCUCCAGCUACACUCAAUUCUAAGGUCCAUCCCACUAUGAUCCCGCACAGAGCCCUUGACCUUAGAAAAGACAGGCACAGGCAAACAUCAGUUCCUAAAGGGAUUCAACCUUCCAGUCACACAUCUAAGAGAUACAGACAAGGUCCAGCUGGUGUGUUUUCUGUAAGCUCUACUGACUGUCUUACGGUUCCUAACCAGGAACAUUAUGAGUACAUGUUCCGGUCCUUGACCAUAUCAUCAACCCCAGAGGAUCUCAGACACUUUAAGGCCAAGAUCAGCCCAGCCAGACCGCAGUGGAACUCAGACAGAAAAGUUCCCAUAGACAGAGAGAAACUUCCAGGCAUCAGCAAACAAAUCUCAGAGGAUGUGAGACUGCUUCAGCCUGUUUCGUUUAGUUGGUCUAAUCUGGAAUGGACCAAACAACAUCAAAACAGACCACAAAGAAAUAAAGCCAUUUUGAAGGUCCAAUGUCAGGAAAGAGGAAGACGAUAUCAAAUAUCAUCACAAACCAAACUCACGUAACAAAUUGUGGACAUCUAGGCUACCAAAAUCAGUGUUUAUAUUAAUACAUAUUUAUUUUAUUUGAAUAUAAAUGAAUGGAUUUAAGAUGUUUCUUUCUCAAUAAUUAACAAAAUCUCAGUAAUAAAUAUAAUAAAUGUUUUAUGUUUAAUUUAUUGGUCCCCUGCAUUAACAGUUUAUCUAUGGUAUGUUCAUUCCUGAAUUGGAUUAAUGUAUGCAGUCCAUAAGAGGUCACUGUAGAGAAUAUUUAGCUUGUUAGUCAUUUCAGAAUCAGAAUCAGAAGAGCUUUAUUACCAAGUAUGUUUACACACACAAGGAAUUUGACUUGACGACAGGAGCUUCCAGUGUAGAAGAAAGUACAAACAUAGUGCAGACAUACCUUAUAGCAGACAUACAUAGGAAUAACAUGGUAGGGAUGUAAUAUAACACCAAUAAAAAAAAAAAAAAGCAUUAAAUAAUGUACUAUAUUCACAAUUCACAUUUCCUUCGCUGCACAUGCAGACGUUUCACAACAAUAACAAAGUGAAGCUGUAGAAACUGUAAGAUUAUAGUCCAUAAUUAUAGCAGGAUGGUCAACAUCGGUCUCACUAAAGUUGAUGAUGCGGUUGUAGCAAAGCACCCGGUGGGUAUAUAUCAUAAUGCAUGACUGCUACCUGACUGAUGUGACAUUUUUACCAUCAAUUACUGCCAUAAAUGUCAUUCAUAGAGGAGUCCGGGGAAUGUUGUCACUCUGUUUACUCCAAUGUAUGUUUCUAACGGUAUGUCUUUGUGUUUUUGAAAGAAAAUGACAAAAAAGAAUGCUUUAAUAUCUUUUUUUGUAACACCAAAAGAUUGGGGACCAAUUCUCACUAUUAACUAGUAAUAGCAUGCAUAUUACUAGCAUAUUCGCUGUUUAUAAUGCCUUAUUCUGCAUGACCAUAUUUUAGAACCCUUAAUCCUACCUCAUAUCGGUCUCCAAAUAGCGAUCAAAUUGAGAUUUUUGCCAUAGUUCCCUUGUAAAUUUCAUUUUUUUUUUUCUACUGAGAAAGAACAAAUUAGUAAUCUUAAGUUUAUGUUCUCACUGUCUCAUACAAAAGCCACUUUUCCACCAAAAUUACCUGAAACAAUUUGUCCCAGGUACCUUUUUCUCCCCAGACCUGUUGCUGUCUGUGUUUCCAUCGUGGUCUAAAGUACCGAGGAGAUUAGGCAAAUAGUCUGGUGAAUGUAGGUCUGUGUGCGUUUCUCAAUACCCAGUACGCAAAUUUCAGAUUUGCAUCCUCGGUAGUUCACCAGUUUGAUUCGAAAAUGUGUACUCCUAUGGACAGGACAACGCUAAUUCUGCAAACAGCAGCGUACUUGAUAACGUCAGUCAGCUCACCUUGGCUACUGCAAUUUUCCUCACUGUAUUUACAAUAAGACUAAAUAAAAAAAAAAAAGUGAAAGUGACGUGACAUUCAG